GUGCAGUUUUUAAUCUCCAUGAUGAAUUUAAGAUAAACUAAAAGCCUGCAAUAGGUUUUCAGUUUUACAUUUAAAAUACUAAACAUUAAAACGGAAUUUCUGAUUUCUUUGUUUCCUUUUUAAAUAUAAUUUAAGAGACAGAUGUACUUUGCGCAAAAACGCCCCUAGUACUGGUGCUUUUGGUACGCUCCACUGUCAAAUUGGUUUCUCGCCGUUGGUCUCGUCUUUGUUGCUUUCACCGGUUUUGUUCCUAAAACGAGAAAAAACUACAUAUCAGUGGACUAUUGUUCUAAUCAUAUCACAACGAGAUGGAUGAAAGGCUCUAUGGAUCUUUCCCUCAUGCCCCCUCGGAAUACCUCCAACAAUGGGUUCAGUCAGCUCAGCAGCAUCUGCAGGCCCUUCAGGCUCAGUAUCCUCACAUGGCUAACGGUAAUGCUGGUUUUAUGAUGGAGGGACGCAGAGAAGAUGGAGGCAUGCAGCAGAUGCCUGUACACCCAGAGGAUGCCGCCCAACUGGAGCCUGCGGCUGCACAGAAAGCACCUGCUAAAGGAAAGCGAGGAAGGGCAGCGAGCAAAGAACCUAAAGCCAAAGGCAAACCUGGACCCAAACCCAAAAAAGCCAAGGAGGCCCCGUCAGCUGAAGGACAGGAGAAGAUUGACGAAACCUUCAAGAAAGUCAAGAGGAAAGUCGAUCGCUUUAAGGGCAUGUCGGAGGAGGAAGUCAUGAAGAAAACACUGCCUGACAUUCUUAUCCCCAAUCUGGACUAUGUCAUUAUCGGAAUUAAUCCAGGGUUGAUGGCGGCCUACAUUGGAAGAUGGUUUCCUGGACCAGGAAACCACUUUUGGAAGUGUCUGUUCCUGUCUGGAUUCACAGAGAAGCUGCUAAAUCACAUGGAUGAUCAGAGUUUGCCUGAGAAAUACAGCAUCGGCUUCACAAAUAUGGUAGCGAGAGCGACACCGGGAAGCAAAGAUCUCUCUAGCAAGGAGCUUCGAGAAGGUGGUAAAAUCUUAGUGGAAAAGAUAAAGAAAUUCAAGCCACUCAUAGCAGUUUUUAAUGGAAAAUGUAUAUAUGAAAUGUUCUGUAGGGAGAUAUUUGGGAAGAAGCCAAAAACACUUGAAUUUGGCCUACAGCCUCACAGGGUUCCUGACUCUGAGACGGCGUUGUACCUGAUGCCCUCCUCCAGCGCCCGCUGUGCUCAGUUUCCACGUGCUCAGGACAAAGUGCAUUUUUACAUCAAGCUGAGAGAGCUCCGAGAUCAGCUGAAGGGUGUUGCGAAGCCCAAGGAGAUCGAAGAAGUCAACUACUCAUUUGAUCUCGGCCUGGCCAAAGAGGACGCUAAGAGGAUGGCCAUCAAGGAAGAGCAGUAUGAUCCUGGUUAUGAGACCGCUUUCGGAGGAGCAUAUGGAGAACUCGUACCUGAAGGAGGCCAAAGCAAUGGAUAUUGUAGCUUCUCCACAUCUGAGGAGAAAGCUGACACAGUGGAGAAGGCGCCUACGGAUCCAAAUGCGGUCGGACAGGUUCAGGGCGGUCAGUGGAUGACGCAGUCUUUUGCCGAUCAGAUCCCAGACAUCGGCAGCUCCUCUCAAGCCCAAAGCUGGGGUGUAUGAGGAAGGAGCGUUCUCAGGGACUUCAGACGAAGCCUGUCGGUUCCUGUGCUCUUCCAGAGAUGCUGUGCCUCUUAUCUUCUCUGUCCAAUCCAGGAGUCUUUGGGGCAUUGGUUUCUUUCUCCUGUGCGUUGCUGUGACAAGUCUGUUACGUUAUAAUUUCAGGACCGAUUUGAGGAAAUCACAGUAUCAUGGAAUGUGGCCCAACUUUCACAAGGAGAAUCCAAUGGCUGCUGUGUUUUUAAAGAAACUGUACCUCGAAACUUCAAUUUGGGGGCCUUUGACAUCUCAAAUGCCUCUUUAUUAAAGAAAAGAACAGUU